UCUUGUACUUCGAGAUAGCUGCAAUAAACUCGCCAGUGAGAAAAUGAUUAAUGUUUAACCUAUUGUUUUGUAAAGUUGGCUUGUUUCUGCUAUUUUCACACAUUCGCAGCAAAGACAACAGGGAAGUAACUGAGCACAACAUGUCUACCGCUGUUUGGUAUCUGCUCCAGUCUGUUUCCAGGCGAGGCCUUGUCAAAGUCAAGCCUGGGACUAGAUUUUGUCACAAUGCGCUCCAAGGCAAGGCCUCUCUGUCUGCCUCUGCACUCAGCAAGCGGUAUUCCCAACAGGCUGCAAAGGCUGAAGGUUUAAUCUUCCGACAGCUCUUUGAGAAGAUCAGCUCUACUUACACCUAUCUUUUGGCUGACUCCCAGAGUAAGGAAGCUGUUAUCAUUGACCCAGUGAUUGAGGAAGUUAAUCGCGAUGUGAAAUUGAUUGAGGAUCUGGGUUUGAAACUGCUUUACGCAGCCAAUACCCAUUGCCAUGCAGACCAUGUGACAGGAACAGGCCUCCUGAAGAAGAUGCUGAUUGGAUGUCAAAGUGUUAUCGCUGAGGCCAGUGGAGCAAUGGCAGACAUUUACAUCAAGGAAGGUGACACCAUUAACUUCGGCAAGUUUUUUCUGGAGGCACGUUCAACCCCAGGGCACACAGAUGGCUGCCUCACCUUCGUCCUCAAUGACCAAUCCAUGGCCUUCACUGGAGACGCUCUGCUCAUCCGAGGCUGUGGACGGACUGACUUUCAACAAGAUUGUGUUGCUGGUUUGACAGGACAGACUGUGACCACGGUGGAGGAGGAGAGGAGACUCAAUCCACGUCUCACCAAACCCCUGACAGAAUUCGUCGCUUUGAUGAACAAUCUCAAUCUGCCAAAGCCUGCUCAGAUUGACGUUGCUGUUCCUGCCAAUCUUCGUUGUGGGGUCCAGGACAUGCCGAUAGCGAGUGGCCCCUGAGCAGUUUCGAUCAGCCUUCCCCCCUCCACCCUGAGUGACAUUUUAACUGCAGGCUACAGACUAAGGCACACAGGAUCAUUGUGUUAAAUAUGUUGGGGGUCAAGCUGAGAUUAUCUCACAGUUUGUUCCAGUUCGGAAAGGAACAUUUCUUCAAGGAAUUUCACACUUAGCCAGACCUGAGCCUCGUCACAUCAGGAUAUUGUCAAAUUUGUUGAUUGCUAUUUUAAAAUAAAUUAACCACAGAUCAAACAUUA